AUGUCCUUGUUGGAGGAGAUAUAUAUACAGGGAAUCAGGAGCUUCGGGCCUGAAAACCCCCAGAGAAUUAAGUUUUCGGCCCCUCUUACCUUAAUAUUGGGCCCAAAUGGCACGGGAAAGACGACAAUUAUUGAGUGUCUUAAGUAUGCCGUCACUGGUGAGUUGCCGCCCGGUGGAAAAACAGGUGCAUCAUUCAUUCAUGAUCCAAAGCUGGCCCACUCAGUUGAAGUUAAAGCCAAAGUGGCACUUAAAUUAAGGGAUGUGAAAAAUUCUCCCCUUGUUGUUGCCCGCAGUCUUGUUGCUACUCAACGCGGACCAAUGCUGAUAAGUUUGGGGACAUCUAGGGCCGUAUUCGACAAUGUAAUAUUCUGCCAUCAGGAGGAAUCUAAUUGGCCCCUACACGAAGCAAAGGCAGUGAAAGAGCGCUUUGAUAACCUCUUUGCUUCUUCCCAAUACGUCAAAGCGCUCGAUGCCAUUCGGAGGUUCAAGUUGGAGGAGGAGGCAAAUGCAAAAAUCUAUCGAGGUGAAUUGAAGCAUCUUAGUCGUUCUAGGGAAGAGGCGAUUCAGAUAAAAAGUCAGAGAAUCGACACCGAACGCGCCCUGAAUGACCAAAAGAGGGUUCUCUCGAAAGUUGAUGAGGAUCUAGAUCCAAUAAAUACCAAGCUAACUUUAUAUCGGACGAAAUACAAGGAAUUGGUCCAGCACCAGGCAGAUGCACGUGGAUGUGUUGCUGAAAUAUCACGUUUGGAGGCAAUGCGUCAAGAUUUAGUCAAACAUAUCAGCGCAGAGUUUCAAGGAACGGAUGAGGAAUUGAAGAAUGCGGUUGAGAGGGCUGAGGAACAUUUAGCUGAGAAACAUCUGUCUUUCGCAGCUGCGGAACAGGAUCUUCAUCGGCUUAAAGCAUUAAUUAAUACAAAUGAGCAGGCCAGAUCAGAUCUAAUCAUCCAAAGGACGCAGCUGGAUAUCGAAGUAAAGCAACAAGAGGAGGCUUUGAGGAAGCGAGAUGAAAUAUUAGAGAAGCUGUGUGUUGAUUUAGGCAUUCAAGAAGUUACUAAAAAAACCACCAGUGCUGAAAAUAUGGCCGCUACUGAUGUGGAAACAGUGCAAAAGCACUUGGAAGCCGCUCUGAGGAUGGCUGAGUCUCAAAUGGACAGAAGAGCUCAAACGAUCAUCGAUGAGGCCCGCUCGGCAUUGAUUCGUGUUGAACAGUCUAUCGCUAGCCAAAAAACAGCCUUGGCAGACAAUAUAAAAGAGGUGGCGGAUGUUGAACUCAAGCUACGGCAAGCUAGUUCCGCAGGAGGUGAACUAGAAAGAAUCAGAAAAAAAUUGGCCGAAGCUGUGAAAACUCGUGAAAUGUUGGAAUCCUCUAGGGACGAAGCUCAACUAAGAAAGUCCAUAGAGGAGGCACAGGCCGAGCUUAUUUCUUGUGAAGAUAUCAUAACAGGCAUAGAUAAUCAAAUUGUUGAGGCGCAAAAAAGUGCAAUGGCAAAUCACGAGCGCUCCAUGUUGGAAACCAGUAGAAAAGCCGCUAUUGAAACUGCAAAGAAAAUUCGAAAUCGUAGUUUGGAUUUGCUGGAGCAAAUUUUUGCCGGUGAGCCCAUUCCUCCAGCCUGUGUUGAUGGCGGCCAGACUUUGAAUAGUCUUACAAAGGCAUUCAACAAGCGACUCGAUGAAUUAGUGCAUUCCUCUAGAGCCACCCAAGAAAGUCUUACCGCGUUACAACGGAAUCUGUCUAAACUAGAGACUGAGAUGUCAUUUAAAAGAAAACGGCUGCAUGAAAAAGAGGACGCCUUAAGAGUAAUAGAAGAACGUCUGAUCUCAGUUUGUGGUGGUGUAGAACUGCAAAAGAAAUUAGACAAUUUGGUACCAAGGAAAGAACAGCUCAAGCAUGAUUGUGAGAUCGAGGAGGGAAGUUUGCAUCUGUGGAAGAAGUUUCGUGAUCGCCUUAUCGAGAAACGUAUUGUUACCACUGCUCGAGAUUUGAAUGCUAAAAGAAAGGACCUUCUACAGAUAGAUGCCCAGUAUGAGGCAUUCAUUGAGUUGAAACCGUGCAUUAAUGAACUUGCUGAAUUACAGAAAACUGAACUGCCUGAGUUGAGAGCCGAAGUUCAAGCUACCCAAUCAAGUCUUGAGAAGCUGCAAAAUGAAAUUGCAAAUGAAGCAUCAAAAUUAGAAGGUCUUCAAUCCGAUGAGUCAGUUGCAAGAAUGCUGCAAGGUGACAUGACUUCCCUUGAAAAUACUGAGAAAGAAAUCGUCAAUCUGAGCCGUUCUUUGGCCUCUCUCACCCCUGUAAAUGAAAACACAACUUUUCCCAAAUCUAAGUCAAGCAGCAAUCUCCUUUCUACAGCUGUCAUUGAUUUUCGCAAGAAGCUGGAUCAGGAGCUGGCGAAGCGUCAAAAGGCAACAAAUGAGGAAAAUGAAUUGAGGAGUACUCUUCUUAAGGCAAGAUCGUAUUUGAUACACACCUCAUUAAGGCAGUUCGACCCCUCAAUUUUGGAAAAGGAGUUUCAAUCAGCAACCAGCUUGAACGUCGAGCUUGAGCGCUUAAUGGCUGCGAAAACUCGUAUCACUGGUAAAUUGGAGGACCUGAGUAGCCAACUCCCGAGUUGCAAAGCAGCUCUUCUUGCGGCUGAGAAUGCUAAGCAGAAGGUAGCCAAGGAGGCUAGCGAAAAAAUGAUGAUUGCAUCAGCCGAGUGGCAAGAGUGGCGGGACCGAAGUCGUCAGGUCAAGGAGGCGUGCGAAGUGGUAGCACUGAAAACUAAAGACGGAGAGGGCUCAAGAGACCAUCUGAAGCGUGUUACAGAGGAACUUGCGAAACUAGAUGCGAACACUGAAGGACUUAAAUCUGCUUUAGCAACCACUUCCAAGAGCGUCGAAGAUCUUCACGCUGAAAUCGCCAACCAUAAGAUUGUCCAACGCGAACUUGGAGAUUGCGUGCGAUUGCGAGAAACCCGAAGUCAACUGUCGUUGCUCAAGGAGCGUUUUCAAGACAUCCAGCGGCAAAUCGAUGUUUGCCAAUUUGGCCCCUCCGAGCCGACAGAUCUCGAACAGCACAUCAAUACUCUCUCUAAUGAGGAGGAAAGGCUUCGCAGCCAGAAACAGGCCAUCAAGGAUAAGAUAACCCAGUUGCAGACAGAACUGCGAAUGCUUGAACGUAGCUUGGUCGAGAAAUAUGGAGACGCCGAAACUGAAUACAUGAAGAAGAUAUAUGACCUCAGGACGACAGAAAUAUUGGUGACAGAUCUUGAGCGCUACCAUCAAGCUCUUGAUCGAGCAAUUAAUGCAUACCAUGUGGAGAAAGUAAAUGAAGUCAAUAAGAUAGUUCGGGAAUUAUGGCGAACAACUUACCGAGGGAAUGACAUAGACCACAUAAAGAUAUGCAGUGAGGAGGAAUCCUCGGUAGCCAACGUAAAUGCAACCAGAACUCGGCGGACAUACAACUACCGUGUGGUGAUGGUAAAGGCAGCAUCAGGCCCAGUGUUGACGGGUGGCGGUAAGCAGGCUCGUUGGUCCUCCACGGAGACGCAACUGGAUAUGCGUGGUCGUUGUUCGGCCGGUCAGAAAGUGCUCGCCAGUCUAGUAAUUCGACUGGCUCUGGCCGAGGUCUUCUGUCUCCAGUGCGGAGUACUUGCUUUGGAUGAGCCUACUACAAAUUUGGAUCGCGAGAACAUUGAGUCGUUGGCGUAUGCUCUCAAUGAGAUUAUCAAAACCCGUUCGAGUCAAAGGAACUUCCAACUCAUUAUCAUCACUCACGAUGAAGACUUUAUUGAGCUAUUAGGCCGAGCGGGAUGUGCUGCACACCUUCAACGUCUUGUUCGAAAUCUUGAGGGUCUUUCGGAGGUUCAGAAGGUUCGGAUAGAGGACCAAUUCCGUUGA